GUUUGUUCACAAUCAUUUUGUUCCACUUUAGAUGUCAUUUUAAGUUAAGUUUUUUCACUACUGGUUUGUGACUGUUGCAAGUGUACCAGAACUUGAGCUGUCAUAUCAAUUUGUAAAUAACAACCUGUUGCUUCUUAUAAUUUUCAGAUCAUGCAUAUGAAGUCCUAUUAUUAUGGCAGUGCUCAAUGAAUCAAGUUUUGAGAACCAGCCAGUUUACUGUGCAUUCAACUGCUUCGUAGAAAAGCUAAAAGAUACUGAUUGGAUUUCUCAUUCUUCAAAAGAGGAAAUUAGGAACUGCUUACAAUCUGCCAAAGCCAUCGAGAAGAUGUUAGAUACUCUGGAAACCAAUGGUGCGCUUGACAAUUUUAUGGCUUUGGUACCAGAACUCCAUGGACUUGAAUGGGAGCAGCUUCGGAAGGCCAGUGACAUUGUGUUGUCAAUGGUGUUGACUGCCCCUGGUGUUUCUGCGCCAUGUGUUCGGACAUGCAUCGAUGAAUAUAUUGAACUCUGCGGCUCAGAUAGAUUUGAAAAUGCCGUAUCAUCAGUGUUAAUCUGUUCAGAAAUUUAUCGUGUACUUCUUGACUAUAUUGCAAGUUUUGAAGGGCACCUGAAACAAACUGCUAUUGAAUUACAAUCUUAUGUUUUUAUGUGUUUGUGGAGGAAUGAAUCGGACCUUGGAAAGUUGGAGCAAACCUUUUACAAUUGGUUGAAGCAGGAUACAUCAGGUCAAAAUAUUGCUGUAGCUAUGCAGGUCAUAAUUAAUGAUGACAGUAGCAUUGCCUCAAGCCUUGUCCUUUCAAUCAACAAACUUAUGCGCGAGCGGAAAGGUGCGGCAGUGGUGUUCUGGAAGGUUUUGGAAGAAUUGCCCAUAGUUGCAAGAAGAGUGCUGGAAAAGUCUGAUGACAUUUUAAAGAGUGCAUUGGACUUUCUUAAAAUUUCUGGCCAGUGGAUGGAGGCUACUUCUACAUUCUCAUGGGUUUCAAGAGAAAAGGGUCCCUGCAAGUCUUUCGGGUUUAAUGAAGUAGUCAGUGCUGUUAAAUUCUUAAGUGAAGCUCAAGGUCAAAUAUCUGAAAAGACUAAGCAGUUUUUAUCGAAGCAAAGAAACUCUGCAGGGUGUACACUAUGGGAUGAUGUUGAUAUGAGAUUGGAUUCCUAGUUGUCAAGAACUUCUAGUUCUGCAUGUGGUAUUCAGUACUUAAAAAUCUUUAGUGGGCCAAUGGGAUGAAAACAUUACUACAAAGGUAGGUUUGAAUCAAAUACUAAGAACCUUAGAAAGGGAUUAAAAUAAAAUGAUAUGCAUAUGGUUUUAAUAGUGUAAUUGAAUGAUUGGUUCUUAUAACAAUCCACAGAAAGGAAAAAAAAAUUAAUACCAUUCACACAUCAAUAAGUUAACACUGCAGCACCAAUUAUAUUUUUAAGUAGGAGAAAAUAAUUACAGUUGCAUCAGAGUUGCCUAUAUGACUGGUACCUCUGAAAAAUUAUAAUACAUUGUCCAUACAAUUUGAUACAAAUUAUGUUAAUAAAGGAAACUGUUAACAGUCAA